UCAACUACUUGUAUACAUACAAGAUGCCAGGAGAUAUCAAGAAUUGGGUGGAUGCUCACAUGAACUGCGAGGACAUUGCUAUGAACUUCCUGGUGGCUAACAUCACAGGAAAAGCUCCCAUUAAGGUGACCCCCAGGAAAAAGUUCAAGUGUCCUGAGUGUACCGCCAUUGAUGGGCUGUCACUGGAUCAGACACACAUGGUGGAGAGAUCUGAGUGCAUCAACAAGUUUGCAUCAGUUUUUGGUACCAUGCCGCUGAAGGUGGUGGAACACCGUGCUGACCCUGUGCUCUAUAAAGACGACUUUCCUGAGAAGCUGAAGAGUUUUCCCAACAUCGGCAGCCUCUGACCAGCCGGUAACAGACAUCUUCACAUCCUCAAGACUCUAUGAAAUGCUUGUUGGGUAUGGAGUUGAUCACUUUCAGAUCCUGUACUUUUGUGAUGUCAUAAAGUCUUGAAUCACAGAUGGACACUGGCAGCUGUGUUUAGGCUAACUGUGAUAUAGUUUGUUUCGAAUACAGGGAGAAAUAUACAUGUUACACGAGCUGCUGUUGGAGGCUCAGGUUGAACUGAUGUUUGAUGG